GCUCUCUUUCCGUCGAGUUCAGAAACUCAACAAACUCUGAAGUUUCAUCACUUUCACGUUUCUUUCCUGUCGACUUGUCAAACAGCAAAAAUGCUCCAACGAUGUGUUAUGCUGGUGCUUGUUGCCAUGGCCGCUGUCACUCUCGCAGCCCCAAUUUUAGAGACAAAUGCAACGUUGCUGAAUCAAACAGCCAAUGAUUCAACGGAGGCAACUGAAGCUCAAGAUAUGAACUCUGAAACUAAAACUCAUGAUCAGAAUGACGUGAACUUACCAGAGGAUGCCAGUAACAGCCAGCAAGAAGUCAGCAAGGCAAAGAAUGAGGAGGAAGCAGUGGAACCAGAUGGAGAUGAUAGCUCACCAGAGGAGAAUGUAGAAGACACUGAUGAAGAUGAUAGCUCACCAGAGGAGAACGUAGAAGACACAGAUGGAGAUGAUAGCUCACCAGAGGAGAACGUAGAAGACACAGAUGGAGAUGAUAGCUCACCAGAGGAGAACGUAGAAGACCCUGAGGUGGAAGCAGCGGACACAGAUGGAGAUGAUAGCUCACCAGAGGAGAACGUAGAAGACACAGAUGUAGAUGAUAGCUCACCAGAGGAGAACAAACAAGAUACUGAUGGCGAUGAUAGCUCACCAGAGGAGAACGUAGAAGACACUGAGGUUGAAUUAGUGGAACCAGAUGGAGAUGAUAGCUCACCAGAGGAGAACAAAGAAGACACAGAUGGAGAUGAUAGCUCACCAGAGGAGAACAAAGAAGACACUGAUGGAGAUGAUAGUUCACCAGAGGAGAACAGAGAAGACACUGAUGGAGAUGAUAGUUCACCAGAGGAGAACAGAGAAGACACUGAUGGAGAUGAUAGCUCACCAGAGGAGAAUGUAAAAGACACUGAUGGAGAUGAUAGCUCACCAGAGGAGAACGUAGAAGACACUGAGGUGGAACCAGCGGACACAGAUGAAGAUGAUAGCUCACCAGAGGAGAACAAAACAGCAGAUGAUGUUCAGGACAAGAGCUCAGAGACUAAUGACAAUCCAACUAGCGAGACUAGUAGUACAGACAACUCUGAUGUUGAGGAUGUGACAGACGAUUCUGGCAACGCAGAAGAACCUGAUCAGCAGAUUCAAGAAACAGCCACUGACGAGUCAUCUAAUAACCAACCUGACGACCCCAUCGCCACAACGGCGACUUAGAGACUCAGCAUCUGAACUGUGGAAGCUCACCAACUGCAGAGCCAAAACCACAGUGGAGUCAGUUGCUACGACAACAAGAGCAACAACAAAAUUCUAAACUGCAUCUAAACUUCAACCUUCAGCUUCCUGUUUUUUUUCGGUCUUCAGCUCGAUCCUGAUUGAUUGUUUCCAUUUUACAUUAAGCUGUGGCUUUGGUCUGAAAAAUCUGUCUUCGACCAAUCAACUGUCUGGGUCUCUGUGUGCUCGUCCUCUAAUCAGUCUGUCUUCCUGUCUGCCUGUCUGUCUGCCAUAUGUCUGAUACAGAAACAUAUAAGAUCUGCUCUUUGGGUCUGUGUUCACGCAGAAGAACUGCUAAUAAAGUUUGAACUGUCAA